UCUCAGCUUUAUAGCAAAUGCUGCCAAUAACUCUGAAUGGGGUGGGGGUGAACUCAUCUUUUAUCUGCAAAGGUAUUUUCACCUCCUAGCAGAUCUCACACUUACUUUACAUAGAACAGGAGUUAUUUCUAAUCUGUUUGGAAAAAUGCUUUUUUACUGACACCUGAAAGACUGUUGUCCAAGUGUUUGAGUACUGUAUUUAAAAAAGUGCAGGAGGUGCUCUGAUUACUCUUGAAGUUGUUGUCAUACCCAUUUCCUCAUGGAAAUAAAGUAACCCUUUUAAGUUUGGCACAUAUUGUCCUUGAUAAGGUUUGGGAAAGUGUUAGAUUUCAAUAGCUUUCCUCUGAAAAUACUCUGAUGUGCUGUUUGUUUUAAGAAGACAGCUUACUUGGAAGCAGUUCAUUUCUGGCUUUUUGGGAGGUCCGAGUCCAGGGUGUGUCAGGCUCACUCUGCCAGCUAUGACUGAGGAGUUGGUUCUCUUCAGCAGUAAGCUGGAGGUAGCAGCAGAGUUUAAGGAAUGGUUAUACGAUCUUAAAAUCUUUGGGAGAAGGUGGCGAUUUCACAGUUUCCAAUGCUAUCUUCCCUUCUGUUUACUAUUAUUUCUUUUCUUUUUCUUUCCUACUCUAGAAUUCACACCAGCCUUACCAGAAGGAGAGGCAUUUCGGCUCUCCAGCCUCCACAGACUGCAAAUUUUGCUGUUUCAUUGUCAUCAGCGAAUAACUGUGGUAUUUCUUUGCUUUAGCCAACUGGAAAAUGGAAAUGAAGAGAAACACAACAAAGUUGUUGUGGCUGUUGAUGUUCUUUUUUGAUAUUGUGCCAUUAAGUUAUGAGAAAUCAAUGAGAGAAAGAGCUAUUGAGCUGAUGCAAGAUGCACGUUUAAUCGAUGGCCACAAUGACUUUGUACUGCAACUGAGAAUACUUUACCAAAAUAGAAUCAGUAGAGUCAACUUAAGAGAACUCAACAAGACCCACACAAACCUUGUGAAACUUCAGGCUGGUUAUGUGGGAGCUCAGUUUUGGUCAGUGUAUGUUCUUUGCAGCGCUCAGAAUAAGGAUGCUGUGCGUCUGACUUUAGAGCAAAUUGAUGUUGUCAAGAGGAUGUGUAACAGCUACGAAGAGCUGGAACUUGUGACAACUUCCCAAGGUAUCUCUGAAAGUAGAAGGAUUGCGUGUUUGAUUGGAAUAGAAGGUGGCCACUCCAUUGACAGCAGUUUGGCAACGCUGAGGAUGUAUUAUGACUUGGGUGUUCGUUAUAUGACUUUAACACAUUCCUGCAAUACGCCUUGGUCUGAAUCAUCAUCUAAAGGAAUACACAACUUUUAUCCUAAUGUUAUUGGUCUGACUCCAUUUGGCCAAGAAGUGGUAAAGGAGAUGAAUCGCCUGGGUAUGCUGAUAGAUUUAUCUCAUACUUCAUACUCCACAGCAAAAGCUGCACUGAGUAUCUCAAAAGCACCAGUAAUUUUCAGCCAUUCAUCAGCAUUUUCUAUUUGUAAUCACUCAAGAAAUGUCCCUGAUGAUAUCCUCCAGCAACUGAAAAAGAAAAAGGGAAUUAUCAUGGUGACUUUCAAUGCAGAUGUACUGGCCUGUGGCAGAAAAGUUGUUAAUAUUUCUACCCUUGCAGAUCAUUUUGACCAUGUAAAGAAAAUUGCAGGUUCAGAAUCGAUAGGAAUUGGUGGUGACUAUGAUGGAGUGGCACGUUUCCCUGAGGGAUUGGAAGAUGUCUCUAAAUACCCUUCUUUGAUUGAGGAACUUCUUAGAAGAGGAUGGAAUGAAACUGAACUGAAAGGAGUGUUAAGGGAAAACUUCCUCCGUGUCUUCAGGGAAGUGGAAAAUGUGCAGAACAUCAGUGGAGUAAUGGACAUAGGUGAAAGUGAAACUCUACAAGAAGUACAAAAUUCCUGUCGCCUCGACCUACGUAAUCCUCGGCUUGAGCCAGCCAGGUCCUUUGCAUUUCCUUCUGUGGCACAACCCUUUAGUCUGACACUUGUAUCAUGUUUAGUGCUGUAUUAUGAAUCAUAACAUCUAUGGAGUCUAGAGAGAGAUUUAUGGAGUAAUUUGCAAUGCAACUAGUUAUCUUUUUUUGCAUUUUGUUAAUGCAUAAGUAUAGCUUUAUACUAAAUUUUCAAUAUAAUUUCUACAAAUUCACCUGUAAACUUGAAAAGAUGUAUCAAAAGCAUUUAGAAUUUGAAGUUAUAAAUUCUGUAUCCUCUUGGCUAGACCAGGACCAACACUGUUAAUAGAAUGUACCCAGAUCUAAUGAAUUCUGUAAUACACAACAUAUAGUUUUGGCAUCCGUAUUGUGGCACUUGGUAUAAAUACUGGAGUACAGAAUCAGCAGUUCCACACAGGAAGUAGAGAUUAUGAUUAAGACAGAUAUGCCAAGAUAUUUUCAGAUAUUACUUCUUCUUAAAUUAUACAACUUUCUUCAAUAGGUGAUAACUUACUCAGAGGAGACCACCCUAUAUGGAGAAGAGAGAUUUUUUUUUGUUUGCUUGGGGUUUUGUUUUGUUUUUUAAGAUGACAAGAUGGAAGACAAGGCUAUUUUGAUUUGGGUUUCAUGCCUACCACUAGUUUUAGAGAUCCAUCCUGCAGUACUAAACUCUUAUUUUUGAACCCUGACCAGGACAGUGGGCAACUGGAGAGUUACUGAAGGGUGGGAGUAGAUCUCCUGUAUUCAAGUACAGGUGAACAGGCAAUGUUGUAGAUAGUUUUCUGUAAUUUGGGGACUGCUGUUUGCUGCAUGUUCAUGAAGAUGAUAACAAGAACAACCCAGGACAAAGAAGGAAUUCCAGAUAGUCAGAGGGUUGCAGAAGUCUUUUUCUCAUUUAAACAAUUAUCCUUAUCAGUAACAGGUUUUAUUAUUUCAUUUUUAUUCUAGCUGGCUAAAAUCAGACCAUUGCCAGUGGAUUCCUAGACAUGAGAUUAGGAAGAGGCCUUUUUAUUAUAAAUCUUCUGCUGUUUUGGCCUUUGGAACACAUUUUCAAAUACACAAGGUAUGUGAGGUUAGAAGCUACUGUUAUAGAGAAGAGUAUAUAUUGAGAUAGGCCUAUUCUUGGUAGGCUAAAAACUGACAUUUCAAUCAAAUAUACUGAAAUCUGUGAUGAAAUUAUAGGAUGGCAGCACAAACUCUUUGUAGGGUCAGUUCCCACUGCUUGCUGGUAAGUGCCUUCUCAUAGUGCUUGCUGUUAAAUGUGAUUUUUUCCUUUUAUUUACUGAUAUGAAAUCUACAGAAUUUAAUAGAAUAGUAUAGAAUAAAAGUCCUGCUGAUCUAAGGGCAGUAUUUGUAAACACACAAAGUAUCUAACUUUGUGUUAGAAAGAGAAAGGGAAGAGAAAGGCUAAGGAAAGAGAAAGAGAAGGCUAAGCAUGAGCUGAAUGGAAAACCAGCAAGUCAGUUGUUUUCUAGAGUCACUUGAGACGGUUCCUACCAUCCAUUUCUGCAUUCCAUGUAAAAGUAGGAUUUCCGGAAGAACCCUGUUCUUUCAUGAUUCAAAAUGAAGCUUCAUUAAUUCUUUUGUUAGGAUGGUCUCCUUGAUAAGUAUAUUUUGAAUAUACUCCUGUCACUUACCAAAUUCUUUACAAAUUGUGUUGAACAAUCUAGUUGCAUAGAAGCCAAGUUUUUAAGAACAGUUUCUCAAUAAAUACUGAUCCUUCUUAUGCAUCUAGAAAGGGGAAUUACUGCACUGACUCAGAAGCCUGGCCUUCCUGAUACUGCUUCACUGGCAUCAGAACUUGUUUUACUGGUAAAUGAUGAAUUAAAUAGGGAAUGUUUACUUCCCAUGAGCAUUUCUUCUAAUAGGUUCAUAAGCGAUUGGAAAACAGCCAUCCAUGAUCCCUUUACAUAGAACUAGUACUCUGAUAGUUGCUUCAUUCAAUACUUGAAAUGUAAGAUGCUUCCUUAUUCCUUCCAGCUAUUUUCUUUAUACUAUAUUGUCACUUUACUGCCUGCUAAUUUUUACUCUUUUUUUCUUCAUGCUACAGCAUAGAUUAAAAAUAUAUAUUGCUUUUCUUAAAGAUACAGAUAAUAUGACUUGUCUUAUCUAUAAUGUAUUGCACUUAUUUGUUUGAC